AUGUCGCUGAGCCCAAAGCAUACAACGCCUUUCUCAGUGACUGAUAUUUUGAGUCCUAUCGAGGAGACCUACAAGAAGUUUAGUGGCAUGGACGGCGCAGGGAACCUAACCUCUCCACUGGGAGCUUACCGACAGCCUCAGGUUUCCCAGACUGGCAUGCAACAGCACUCCAUGGGACACAACGCUACCGUGGCGACCACCUACCACAUGCCACACACUGUCUCCCAGUUCUCGCACAGUGCCAUGGGGGGAUACUGCAAUGGGAGCAUUGGCAACAUGGGAGACCUUCCGUCGUACCAGGAAACCAUGAGAAAUAGCGCAGCAGCAACAGGGUGGUAUGGCGCGAACACGGAUCCAAGAUAUUCAACAAGUAAGUCGUUUUUAUUUUAUUUUGAUUUGUUGUUAUUGUUUUGUGAAUUGUUUUAUUUCACUGUCAGCACUUCUCAUACGAACUUUUAACGAAAUGCGGACAACACUCACCAUCAUUGAGUAGUCUGACAUUACAUCAUUUUCGAAUAUGGAAAUGUUAUUGAACAAAAAGUGAAUUGUUGUUAUUAUUAUUAUUAUUAUUAUUAUUAUUAUUAUUAUUAUUAUUAUCAUUAUUAUUAUUAUUAUUAUUGCAAUUAAAUAAACUUGAUAGAUAAAGCUGCAUGGUAAGAUACAUUUGGACAAUUACGCACGGGAUACAGACCAUGGCCAAACUACUUCAGGCCAUCAAAACGAUACAUUUGCAUUGCUAAAUAUUGAAUGUGCGUAUAUGUAUGUAUAUUUUUAAGUUUCUAGAUUCAUGGGACCUUCCACAGGUAUGAACAUGACUGGAAUGGGGACCCUGACAGGCAUGGGGGACGCCUCCAGGUCCAUGCCACCCCUGCACGCAGCGCCCAGGAGGAAACGACGGGUACUCUUCUCCCAGGCUCAGGUGUAUGAGCUGGAGAGGAGAUUUAAACAACAAAAAUACCUCUCGGCGCCAGAGCGGGAACACCUGGCCAGUAUGAUCCACCUGACACCGACCCAGGUCAAGAUCUGGUUCCAGAACCACAGAUACAAGAUGAAGCGGCAGGCCAAGGACAAAGCGGCGCAGCAACUGCAGCAGGAAAGCAACCUGUGUCAGCAACAACAGUCUCCGAGGCGCGUGGUCGUGCCUGUUCUGGUGAAGGACGGUAAACCGUGUCAGAACGGCUCCAACACGCCAACGCCGAACCAGCAGCAGGUACAGCAGCAACAACAGCAACAGAACGGCUCUGGGGUGCUCCAGGCUUCCAGUAAUGGCAUCAAUCAACAUCAAAACCAGCAGGUCCACUCCUUAGUUCAGGCCCAAGACCUGGAGGAGAUAUCACCUAGCCCUCCUUCACUCCACAGCCAGAUCAACAUGGCGCAGAUAGACACUUCUGCUAUAGACUACACCAAUAACAUGGUCAGCUCCAACCUCCUCUACGGCAGAACGUGGUAG